AUGGACGUAUUUCCACGUUGGACUGAUCGUGAAAACACAAUGUCGAUCCAAGCCUUCUAUUGCCUCGAGAGCAACGCUAUAUUUCUUGUUUUGAAUGGCUACAACGAUUUUGCACAUCUUCGACAAGUAUUUUCAUCUAAUCAUGACAAGCGUGAAAUAUGCGACAAAUUGGAGCACAAUUUAGAAUCGCAAAUAUAUUCAGUGCUGAAAUGCUAUAAAUUGGUAGAUCAUUCAACCGGAGAUUUCCCUAGGAUACCCGAUAUCCUUCAAAUUGCUCUGGGAAAGGAAAUCAACGAGGACGGAGACGACAGAUCAGACAAAACACCGUCUUUCACAAGAUUCUUGCGCUCACAUAUCGAUUCUCUGAAAUCAACUAAAUCGAAAAUCUAUGAGAUGCCUAAACUAGAGCUUUGGAUCAAAUAUGCCCGCGCCUUACUGGACCUCAUUAAACCAGACUCAGAAAUGGUAACAAGAAAGUUGUUGAAUCAGUACGUCAAUAGGCAGUUGCAGUUCAUGAGAAUGCUCAACGCUAAACACGUAAAGGAAGCGAUUGCUCGGUAUACUGGAGCGUCGUCCGGAUUCGGCAAGGGUAAAGCCGCAGCAGAACGCGCUCGGAGCCAGGUGGUAUUCACCAAAGCGGAACAUGAUGAAAAGGUUGCAAUGGCCAUAACGUACCUUGACGCUGUUCUGGUCGGGGAUCGAGAUGAGGCCGUUGCUCAGAUUCGAGCCGCAUGUGACAACCUUUGGCAAGGUGGAAUGCGUGGUUGUGAACAAGUGUCAAUGACUGGGAAUCGUUGUCAAUUGAAGGUAUGA